GCAAGCAUGGAGUUCGCGGAGCUGAUCAAGACCCCCCGAGCGGACAACGUGGUCCUGCACCGCCCGUUCUACCUGGCGGUGGAGGGGACUCUGUGUCUGACCGGGCAUCACCUCAUCUUUUCUUCACGGCGUCAUGAUAACGCUGAGGAGCUGUGGCUGGUGCACUCCCACAUUGAUUUCAUCCAGAAAAGGUUUGUGGGCUCAUUGGGUACCAUUGUUAUAAAAUGCAAAGAUCUGCGAAUUAUUCAGCUGGAUAUACCUGGAAUGGAGGAGUGUUUGAACAUUGCGAGCUCUAUUGAGGCACUUUCCACCCUGGACUCUGUCACUCUAAUGUAUCCCUUCUUCUACCGGCCCAUGUUUGAAAUCGUUGAAGAUGGCUGGCGCUCUUUUCUACCUGACCAAGAAUUUGAACUCCUCAGUACAGUAACAGAUGAAUGGCGUCUAAGCUGCAUCAAUAAGGAUUUCUCUGUCUGUCCAUCCUACCCUCCAGUUGUCAUUGUCCCCAAAUCCAUCGAUGAUGAAGCGCUUUGGAAAGUUGCCAUGUUCCGCCACGGCAGUCGCUUCCCGGUCCUCAGCUAUUACCAUAAGAAGAAUGGGAUGGUCAUGAUGCGAAGUAGCCAGCCUCUUACAGGUACAAAUGGGAGACGGUGUAAAGAGGAUGAGAAGCUUAUUAAUGCCACGCUACGGCCUGGCAAGCGUGGCUACAUCAUUGAUACCAGGUCCCUGAAUGUUGCCCAGCAGGCCAGGGCCAAAGGAGGAGGCUUUGAACAAGAAGUGCACUAUCCCCAGUGGAGGAGGAUUCACAAAUGCAUUGAGAGGUUUAAUAUUCUGCAGGAAAGCCUCAUCAAACUUGUGGAAGCUUGUAAUGACCAGUCGCACAACAUGGACCGCUGGCUCAGUAAACUGGAAGCUUCCAACUGGCUGACUCACAUCAAGGAGAUACUAACUGCAGCUUGCCUAGCUGCUCAGUGUAUUGAUAG